GUUGACUGCUUAGUGAGCACAGCGACCAUUGGACUAGGAAUCAGCGCUGGACCUCCAGGGGAAGAAAAGCGUACCUGGUGGUCGAUGUCCUUUCUUGCAAGCUUCCACGUUUUCCGUUGUCUUUCAGCACUUGCAAAGGGCGACACAGGGAAAAGCACAAGCAACCUGAAGAGGCAAAUCUUUUAUGCCAGCAUCACCGUGCUCAACGGGCUAUUUCUGUUUGCAUCCAUCAUCAUGACCCUGGAGAUUCUGGGACCGCGACCAGGCACUGAUCAGGAGGACAAGCUCCCAGGCACAGUAAACCCCUGGACGAUGCAAGAUGCCUUCGCAUGGGCGAUCUCGCUCUUUACAUUUAUGGGGAACACUGCUCGAAACCCUUCCGGCUCCCUCGGGCAGUUGGUGUGCAUUGCCGGCUUGCUGGUGGCUUUCCAGCAAAUUGCCAAGGUUGGGCCUAUCCUCAUCAAUGCCAUCACAGGAAGCGGCAGUUUCGUGGGGCGCUAUCCCAUAGAGAGCAGGCACCACCGGAACCAUGGUGGUCACACCAUCAUCCUGGGAAGUGCGACCGCAAAGUCUCUCAUUGAAUUUCUCUUUGAGUACUACCAUAUCAACCACUUCACUGGUGGCUUGGACUUCGAACGUGAGGCCAGUGAUGUUGUGGUUUUCCUGGAAGAUUCCAAGACCUUGGCACAUCUUCGAAGGAUGCUUGACCUCAAAGACGCAUCCCUGUUCCGAAGUCGCGUUUUCCUGAUCAAAGGAAAUGCGUUCCAGCCGUACGACUGUCGCCGUGCCAGUGCCAGCUAUGCCAAGCGGGUGGUCGUUCUUCCCAAUAUGCAGACCUCUGAUGUGGAUCGGGACGACAAGACCAACAUCAUGCGUACCUAUGCAAUGUGUGCUGCAGGACCGCGCAUUCAAGCCACAUGCGCUUGCCUUGGCUGA